AUGGUAUCGUUUGCUCGAAUGCUCAUCGAAAUAAAUAUUACCAAGCCAUUGCCUGAUGAGAUCAAGGUGCUUAACCCUAAUGGUAGAUUAUUUACUCAGCCUGUAACCUAUGAUUGGAGGCCAAUGUACUAUGAGAAGUGUCAAACUAUUGGACACAAAUGUGCACCAAUGCCAAAUCCUAUGCCUCCAGCUAGGCACGGAGGAGCUCGUAUUGUUAUUGUCUCCAGGACCGGCCUACUGUCAACCACGAUGCAACCGGAGAUGCAAAUGGAGGGGCAGGAGUGUUCUCAGAGGCUAGUGAAUGCUAGUCCAGUGCUAAACAUGACUAAUUUUCCUCAACUGAGUUCAACUAAAAGGUCCACAGGGGGGGUGAAUAAGCGUUACAAGCAGAAAGAAGUAAGGAAAAUAUUAACGAAUAAACACAUCAAGCUUGCUGGUUUGAUAGAAACAAGGGUGAGGCAACACAAUGCACAAAGAAUACUACAAGUUAGUGCUCCAGGAUGGGGACAUAUUGAUAAUUAUAGGCACGCUAACAAUGGAAGGGUGUGGCUGAUUUGGGAUUCCACUCACUUUACAGUGAUGACUCUCAGAGUAGAAGACCAAUUAAUACACUGUUUGGUCACCAAUGGGGAUGAUAUUACAUGUCGCCUGACAGUUAUCUAUGGAUACAACUCAAUCGAACAAAGAAAAUCCCUAUGGGGGUACCUAAAAGAUCUAGUACAAGGAAUUGACAGCCCUUGGCUGAUCUGCAGGGAUUUUAAUGCUCUCAUUUACCCACAAGAUAGACUUAGUAGCAAUCCUGUCCAAUAUGCUGAGAUAAGAGACUUUGGCGAAUGUUUGCAAGACCUGCACCUAAACGAAGUGGCCUGGAGGAGAGACUAUUAUACAUGGAAUAACAAGCAGUACGGUGAGGAUCGGGUGUGUAGUAGAUUGGAUAGAGCACUAGGAAAUCAUGAGUGGAUGAUGACCUAG